GAGGUUUCGGAGCGCGCGCGCCAGCGAGCUUUCAAAGUUUGCCUCGGCGGCGCGUCGCGGGUCGCGGGAGCGUCAUGGCGCUGCCCGGCCUGGCUGACAGCCUGCAUCCCUGGUGCCUGUUGGAUCUCAGCCCCGAAUGGGUGGAUACUGUAUGGGACCUGGAUUUCACGGAAACUGAGCCUUUGGAUCCUGAUGUUGAAGCAGAUAUCUUAGAGUCUGGAUUGGAUGCAUUCAAAAGACUUGAUGAUAGUCUUUUCCACUUUGCUACUGAAGAACAGGGAUCCAAGGAGAGCAUUUGGACCUUCUUCAUUGAGAACAACAUUUCCCACAGAGCCCUGGUGGCUCUGUUCUAUCACUUCGUUCAAACAGGCCACAAGAAAAAUGUCAGUGUAAAAGCUCGAGAAUACGGUCUUCAUGCUGCUGGGCUUUACUUUCUGCUACUAGAAGUACCUGGAAGUGUGGCCUACCAGGUAUUCCACCCAGUGAUGUUUGACAAAUGUAUUCAGACUUUGAAGAAGAGCUGGCCUGAAGAAUCACACUUGAAUCGGAAAAGAAAGAGUGAACAGCCUAAAAACUCUCAGGCUAGGGAUACGGGAAGGCAGAGAAAAAGGGGAAAACUAUCCAGGAAAGAAGAUAUUGAGAUGGAUGAAAUCAUGGAAGAAUCAGAAGACGAAGAAAAUAUUUAUUUCUCUGCCCAAGAUCUUUCUCAAAUUCGAAAUACCAUCUUUCACGUUUUGAAGAAUUUUUUAAGACUUCUGCCUAAGUUUUCCCUGAAAGAAAAGCCACAGUGUGUCCAGACUUGUAUAGAGGUCUUUGUGUCAUUAACUAGUUUUGAACCAGUUCUUCAUGAAUUUCAUGUUACAGAAGACGGAAUUCUUAACAGAGCAAAGUACAUUCCAGAACUGGCCUACAUUGGAUUAUAUUUGCUGUGCUCUCCAAUUCAUGGAGAAGGAAAUAAGGUUAUCAGUAGUAUUUUUCAUAAAAUGCUUAAUGUUCUAUUAAUGUUAGAAGGCGGCAGGGGACCCCACCAUGCCCCACUUUCUAUCACCUCGGCAGUCAUCAGCAGGAAAAACCUGGCUGUCCAGUUCAUCAGCUGUCUUGUGGAUGAACUAAAGGAAAGCAUAUUUCCAAUUCUGCGUAUCUUAUUGCAACACAUCUGUGCCAAGGUGAUAGAUAAAUCAGACCACCGGACCCAUGCAGCUCAGUCUCUGGUUCAACUGCUCCACAAACUUCCUUCUGGGGAAUAUGCCAGUUUUGUCACCUGGCUGUAUAGAUACUCACGAAGCAACAAGGUGCAACACAGGAUUUUUACUCUGGAUGUUGCUCUGGCUAUCUUAGAGCUACCUGAAAGAGAAGUGGAUAACACUCUGUCCUUGGAGCAACAGAAGUUCUUGAACCAUAAGUUCUUGGUGCAGGAAAUCAUGUUUGAUCGCUGUCUAGACAAGGCACCAACUGUCCGAAGCAAGGCCUUGUCCAGUUUUGCCCAUUGCCUGGAGAUGUCUAUCACCACCGCCUCGGAGAGUAUACUGGAACUUCUAAUUAGUAAUUCCUCAGCUUCAGGGACAGAGACUGGUGCCUUAUUGAGAGAUUUGUCAGCAUCCUGUCAGAAGGAGGCACUUCACCCUUCCAGAGGCUCAGGCGUGAUGAGCCUAGAGGAUUGCAGUGAAGCAGCUAUACUUGGGGAAAGGAAUGUCAUGGCAAUGCUGAGAAAGCGAGUCAGGGAUGAGAAGACCAAUGUUAGGAAGUCUGCGCUCCAGGUCUUGGUGAGUGUUCUGAAACACUGUAAUGUUGCAGACAUUAAUGAGGACCUACUAAUUCUUCGUGACCGGUGUCGGGACCCUGCAGUAUCUGUCCGGAAGCAGGCUUUACAUUCCCUUACUGAACUUCUUGUGGCCCAACCUAAAUGUGUUCAGGUUCAGAAAGCCUGGCUCCUGGGGAUCAUUCCUGUUGUCAUGGAUUGUGAGAACACAGUGCAAGAGAAGGCCCUGGAAUGCUUGGAUCAGCUCCUGCUACAGAACAUUAAGCAUUACAAUAAAUAUCAUGAUGGAGAUGACAGCCAGGUGCUCGCCUGGGCACUUCUUUCUCUGCUCAGCACAGAUAGCCUGGAAUUGAACCACUAUUUGAAGAAAGCCUUUAAUAUCUGGUACAAGAAGGAUAAAUUCUCAACCACUUACAUCAACAAUGUGGUAUCACACACUGGUACAGAGCAUGCAGCACCUGCCUGGAUGUUGCUCUCCAGAAUCACUUACUCUGCGCCCAAGCUAGACUACACCAAAAUAAUUGAGUCCUGGGAGAUAAUGAGCAGUCAAAAGAACCCCAAUUCCAGCACCCUGGGACAUGUUCUGUGUGUUCUCGGGCAUAUUGCAAAGCAUCUUCCUAAGAGCAUUCGGCGCAAGGUGACUGAUACUGUCCAGUGCAAGCUGAAUAGAUUCCAGUGGUCUCCCAAGUUGAUCAGCUCAGCUGUGGACUCUUUGCAGAGACUCUGUAGUGCGUCUGCAGAAACCCCUGUGGAGGAACAGGAAUUGCUGCAGCAGGUGUGCGGGGCCGUCCUCUCCACAUGCAUCCACCGCCUCUCCAACAUCGUCCUGAAGGAAAACGGAGCCGGGCAUCUGGACGAAGAUCUGUUGGUAAAGUACAUUUUUACAUUAGGUGAUAUUGCCCAGCUCUGCCCAACCAAGGUGGAGAAGAGGACCUUCCUUCUCAUUCAGUCCAUUCUGGCUUCUUCUGCUGAUGCAGACUUUGUCCCUGCCACUCAGAACAGCACUGAAGCUCCUGCCUCCCAGCCACCUCCCCAGGUCCGAGGCUCUGCCAUGCCCUCUGUGAUAAGAGCACAUGCCAUCAUUACAUUGGGUAAGCUCUGCUUACAGCAUGAAGAUCUUGCCAAGAAGAGUGUUCCAGCCCUUGUUCGAGAGCUAGAGAUUUGCAGCGACGUGGCCGUGCGCAACAACGUGAUCAUUGUUCUGUGUGACCUCUGUAUGCGUUAUACCGCCGUGGUGGACAAGUACAUCCCCAACAUCUCCAUGUGCCUCAAGGACUCCGAUCCCUUCAUCCGAAAGCAGACGCUGACUUUACUCACCAAUCUCUUACAGGAAGAAUUCGUGAAGUGGAAGGACUCUCUAUUUUUUCGAUUCAUCAGCACACUGACAGAUUCAUACCCAGACAUUGCCAGUUUUGGGGAGUUCUGCCUGGUUCACCUCUUACUGAAGAGGAGCCCUGGCCUGUUCUUCCAGCACUUCACCGAAUGCAUCUUCCACUUCAAUAACUACGAGAAGCACGAGAAGUAUAACAAGUUCCCCCAGUCCGAGAGAGAGAAGAGGCUGUUUUCCCUGAAGGGAAAGAUGAACAGGGAGAAACGGAUGAAAAUCUACAAGUUCCUUCUAGAGCACUUCACAGACGAGCAACGAUUCAACAUCACGUCCAAACUCUGCCUUAGUAUUUUGGCUUUCUUUGCGGACGGCCUCCUGCCUCUGGAUAUGGAAGCCAGUGAGCUGCUUUCAGACACCUUCGAGAUCCUCAGCUCCAAGGAGAUCAAGCUCUUGGCAAUGAGGUGUAGGCCGGACCUGCUCCUGGAGGAAGACGAUGUGGCUUUGGCAAAUGUGGUCAUGCAGGAAGCUCAGAAAAAGAUCAUCUCCCAGGUUCAGAAGAGAAACUUCAUUGAAAAUAUCAUUCCGAUUAUCAUCACUUUGAAGUCACUGCUGGAGAAGAAGAAGAUCCCAGCCUUGCGGGAGCUCAUGAAUUACCUCAGGGAGGUGAUGCAGGAUUACCGGGAUGAAGUCAAGGAUUUCUUCACGGUUGACAAGCAGCUGGCAUCAGAACUGGAGUACGACAUGAAGAAGUACAAUGAGCAGCUGGCCCAGGAGCAAGAGCUGAUGAGACAGGCGGAUGGCAGUGGGGCAGCAGGUGCUGGCGGGACACUGCCCGUGCAGGUGGCUGCCAGCUUAGAAACCUCAUCAGCUCCUGCCGACCAUGAGAACUCCCCAGUGGCCCCUGCAGGGAGCCCGCUGCGCACCCCUCAGGCAGUGCCACCCUCCCUGCCAGUGGUCUCCGUGAAGCGGUUACUGCCUAGAGCCAGACAAAUGUCCCUGAGUACCAUAGCCAUCCUAAACUCGGUCCAGAAAGCCGUGGAGUCCAAGAACCAGCACCGGCGGCGGAGCCUCGGCGCACUGCCUUUCCCUGUGAGUUCUGGGAGUCUGGACAACACCAGGAGCAACCGAGCCUCUUCAUACACCUUGGAACAAGAGUCCAGUGGCACCAUCGAUGAUGUGACUAAACGAGCCAUCAGCACCCCGGAGAAGACCAUCAACAAUGUCACAUUUGAAGCGGGCGUCAGCUACAUCGCCACCACGCCCAGUCCUACACCAGACAAAGAGAAAACUGAAGCCCAGACUGAGGGAAAAGAUAUCUUAUGUUUAUCACUGCCUGACAAACUGCCUCCUCAGCCUCAGCCAUGGAAUGUGAAGUCCCCAGCUAGGAACAAAGACAACCCCGCCCCCAGUCGGAGGUCGCUCCGCAAGGCCCCCCUGAAAACAGCCAACUAACAGCAGUGCACUGCAUCCAGGGCAGGCUGGGAAGGGCAGCUGUCCUGCACCUGGACUGGGGCUCACUCCCCGCUGCCCCCCACCAACCCCACUAUCCUUUCACCAUGAGAUACCAGCACUUCCUUGGGAUUCCAGGACUCGCUUCUAUGUGUAGUUGGCAGUCUCACCAGUCUAUUUUAAUAAGUGGUUUGUUAAUAUUUAAUAAUGCAGCUUCCAUCACUGGAUGUCCCAGGUUCUUCUGCCAGCAUCCUGAUCUCUCUCUGAGCAUCCCAGUUCCCUCCAAGUGUCCCAAGGGCUUCUAAAUGUCCUCUCCUAUGGAGCACCACAGGCAGCUUUCUGUCAGAAUCCCUGACAGGAGUUUCCCACUGCUAAAAACAGUCUUUACUGUAAUAUUUUUUCCUAUUCUUAUUUAUAAAUGGCAGGUUUUUCUAAAGUGUAAAGCUUUAUAAAUGGAACAAUAAAAGUUAAACAGAAAAACAGAGCGUUACAGUAUUCAAUGGAAUUUUUCUAUUUUUACAAAAGGGCCUCGAGUGGGAGUUCCUUUCAUUUGCAGACACUGCUGAUAAAAAGCCCAGUCUUGCUUGCAAGGAAGCAAUGUGUCUUGAGGGUUCCA